UGGCUCCGCCUUGUAAGGCGACAGGAAGCGCCUCCACUACCAAGUGAUUUGCCUGUUUUAAGAAAAGUGAAGUAAGGCCGAAGUUAAAUCGAAGGAUUUGAUCGAAGACAUCCGCAAGUUUAGUGUGAAAUCUAUGUGCGACCUACCUCGAAUGUGGUUUGAUACUAAAGAACCAAGUGAAAAACAUGUUUUCGUUCAUGCACUAAAUGUAGCAGUAUAGCCAGUUAACGUUAACGAAAACAUCAAUAAACGUGCCAGGCCAUGGCCCAGGGCAGUGAGGUCCAGUACGAGCCGGUGGCAGAGAUCGGAGGCGGUGCAUACGGGACGGUGUACAAAGCUCGGGACCUGGAGAGCGGCCAGUUUGUAGCUCUGAAGAGCGUUCGCGUCCAGACGGACCAAGAUGGCCUCCCUAUCUCCACAGUCAGAGAGGUGGCCCUGCUGAAGAGACUGGAGCAGUUUGACCAUCCCAACGUGGUCAAGUUAGAACACAUUCAUUCAUUCAUUGAACCUUUAUUUAAAGUGAUAGUUCACACCAAAAUCAAAGAUUGUCAAAUGUUUUCAGGCCAGGAAAGAUGAGUUCACGUUCCAUGCAACUUUUAUGUAGAUCUAGGUAUAAGCCUCAACCCCAUUUGGAAUGUAAAGAGACCUCUUUCGAGGUCUGAAAACCAACACACCUACACACUAAUAGGCCUUUAAUGACCGAUAAACACACAUACUGGUUACAUACUCUUGCUUUCAAAUGUCAGUAGAUUCAUGUAAAUUUUGGGGUAGGUGCAACAUAAGAAAGAACAAUUCAAGGGUUUGAGGGAAAAAGGUCUAACUGGUGUCUCCAAGUGGCCACACCUCUCCAAACUGUGCACAGUUCCCAAGUCAUUUCAAUGCACUUUUAUGACUCAAGGAAAGAGCCUUCAACUAUAAGGUGUUUUUUUUAGCUCUCCUAGCUCUGCCAUGAAGGAACUGAGGCAAGCACAAUUUGUUUGGAACACAGUCCUGCGUCCCCACCAUCACAUAAUUACUGUUUACGCAAUCCAAAAUCGUUUUAUUAUAAUUUGCAAUCUGGGUCAGCUGGGCAUCAUUUGAAAACUUCUUGCCAAAAUGACUAGCUAAGUAAUAAAAUACGAUCAUAGUGUUUCACAAGGCACUUCAGACAAACAAUUUGUAAUUUUUGUGCGUAUGGAAUGGAGUCAUGAGUGCUUUCAAGUGUGGGUUCCCGAGGCAAAUUUUCUUCACAAUACGACAAACAGGUUAAUUCAUGUCAGAACGACCCAGGGUAUGACAAGUCAUUCUUGGAAAUGUUGAUACUGUAAAGCGAUCAUAAACGUUGAUUCUGUAAAUUACAUGAGUUUUCAGAUAUGGAAAUGUGAAGUGCACAUUUGGACUGUGUGGUUUGCUUGUAUGACCGGCCAGGAUGUCCUUGUCCCAUCACGCUCCAGCGACUCGUGGGGGGCCGGGCGCAUGCACGCUGACACGGUUGCAAGCGUUACGGUGUUUCCUCCAACACAUUGGUGCAGCUGGCUUCUGGGUUAAGCGAGCAGUGUGUCAAGAAGCAGUGUUGCUUGGCAGGGUCAUUUUCCGGAGGACGCAUGGCUCUCAACCUUUGCCUCUCCAGAGUCUGUACGGGAGUUGCAGCCAUGGGACAAUACUGUAACUACUAAUUGGAUAUCAUGAAAAAGAGAAAGAAAAAAAGUACUUUAAAAAGGGAAUGAAUGCAAUAAAGUAAUCAACACACCCAUACACGUAAAUUGUUCCUCUCCACCAAUAGCGCCUUUGAACUGCAUAAACAUGCACAAACACAUUAACACAGUCACAAACGCUCUCAAUCACACAGUCGGUGUUGGUUUUGUUGCAGCCUGAGACUUCAGUUUUGACCUGAUCACCUAUAUCUCUACCACCCUCCGCCCACAUAGCCUCAGAACUGUGUAAUGCGUAAAGACUGACUGGUAUGUUUUGAUAAGUAGGUUCUAUAAAGGUUAUUAGCUAGCAACAGACUCACCAUGGCAUGCCUCUCAUUCAGAUUAUGAUGAAUGACCAUAAACUUGUCUGUUUGACUGUGUAUUAAGAGCGAUCCCACACAUGGUAUGUGUGCUGCUGUCAGGUGCUUGGAUUUUAAUCUGCACCACAAUAAUGACUAAUCUCUGAGAAGGCAUGGCAGCUGAAAUGUUACCUGAACUGUAGUGCAGGUUCAAUUAAAUCCCUUGAGAGCAGCACACACAAUGGACUUGCUCUCUAUCUCGUGUUGUGGAUGGCCCAGCACUAGUGUGAAAGUUAGGGAUGUGUGCAUAUCACUCACACACUCUGUAUGUGUACAUCAGGCUCAUGGAUGUGUGUGUUCUGUGUUUGUGUGUACAUCAGGCUCAUGGAUGUGUGUGUUCUGUGUUUGUGUGUACAUCAGGCCCAUGGGCGUGUGUGUUCUGUGUUUGUGUGUACGUCAGGCUCAUGGGCGUGUGUGUUCUGUGUUUGUGUGUACGUCAGGCUCAUGGGCGUGUGUGUUCUGUGUUUGUGUGUACAUCAGGCCCAUGGGCGUGUGUGUUCUGUGUUUGUGUGUACAUCAGGCCCAUGGGCGUGUGUGUGCUGUGUUUGUGUGUACAUCAGGUCCAUGGGCGUGUGUGUUCUGUGUUUGUGUGUACGUCAGGCUCAUGGGCGUGUGUGUUCUGUGUUUGUGUGUACGUCAGGCUCAUGGGCGUGUGUGUUCUGUGUUUGUGUGUACAUCAGGCUCAUGGACGUGUGUGCCACCCUGAGGACGGAUCAGGAGACUAAAGUCACCCUGGUGUUUGAGCACGUGGACCAGGACCUUAAGACCUACCUAGAGAAGGCCCCCGCCCCAGGACUGCCCCCCAGCCGCAUCCAAGACCUGAUGCGUCAGUUGCUGUGUGGCCUGGCAUUCCUCCACUCGAAUCGCGUGGUGCACCGGGACCUGAAGCCAGAGAACAUCCUGGUCACCAGCCGUGGUCAGGUGAAGCUGGCCGACUUUGGACUGGCAAGGAUCUACAGCUACCACAUGGCCCUCACUCCUGUGGUGGUGACUCUGUGGUACAGGCCUCCUGAGGUCCUGCUCCAGUCCACCUACGCUACGCCUGUGGACAUCUGGAGUACGGGCUGCAUCUUUGCUGAGAUGUUCCGACGCAAACCAUUGUUCUGUGGAGACUCUGAAGUGGACCAACUGGGAAAGAUAUUCAAUGUGAUUGGCCUGCCACCUGAGGAGGAGUGGCCUGCUGAUGUCACCCUCUCACGACACAACUUCAGUCCUAUCAGCCCCCGCCCAAUCACCGACUACGCUCCAGAGAUCAAUAAACAGGGGACAGAGUUGCUGCUGAAAAUGCUAACUUUUGACCCUCUAAGAAGAAUCUCUGCCCUGAAUGCUCUAGAACAUCCUUACUUCCAGGAGAAUGAGGAGGAAGUGACAAAUGGUUAAAAUGCAGUUAAUGACAUGGAAGGACAGUACCAUGAGGAAUGGUAACCCUGACUCCAUUUGUGUAAUUGUCAUUCAGUGCAUUUCAGGCCAGGUUCCUGUUGUGUAGUAAGAUAUAUAUUUUUUAAAGGACCCACAAGCUAGUCACACCCAGUGGACCACCUGGAGAAUGUAAGGCGAGAAGUGGGGUUUUAGGACCAUAUGGAUAUGAACCUGAAGAGGGAUUGACUCGUUCAUUCCCCAAGUGAAAUGUGCACCCAUACAUACAACACGGAACGGAAUAACUGUCCUGAGUCAUUAAUAUUAUAGCUUAAUGUAUUUUUGUAAAUUCACACACGAACACAGUAGCUAAGAGGCAUUUGUUGAACAGGUUUACAGGCCAAAUGUAUUUUUCUGUACCAAGCAUCCCUCCCAAUGUAUCAGUGUUGCAAAGACUAAUAAAGCUGCUCCAAUCAACUAACAGGCA